UCUCUCCUACUUUUAGUUUCUGGUUGCCUUUUGCGGGAUCUUUAUCAUCUGCUGGCUUCUGUUGAUUCCCAUGUGGGCAACACACAGAUGACUAGGAGCUAGAUUCUUGAUUCUCUCUAACUCUUUUUCUCUAUUAAUUUGUUGAGAGAAUACAAAGAAAUUAAUGCAGAUGGAUUCAUCCCAAGAGCAUUCCAGUAGCUGCAUUAUGAAGGAGACAGGAGGAGGCCUUCAAAGAGUACUGUGUAUGCAAGGUGGAGACGACGAUAGUAGCUAUGCAAAGAAUUCAGAAGCGCCUGCAUCUGCAAUCAGCUUAUGUAGACCUUUGCUAUUAACAGCUAUUCAAUCCAUGAAAGUUUUCUUCAGGAACAAGGAGGAAGCUCAGUCUCUAAGAAUAGCCGACUUGGGUUGUGCAACCGGUUACAAUACUUUAGCUACAAUAGAUAUGGUUGUGGACGCCUUGAGACAACAAUACAUGAGCCAGUGUGGCUUCGAGCCUGAAUUCGAGGCCUUCUUUUCUGAUCUCCCUUCCAACGAUUUCAAUUCUUUGUUUAGAUCAUUGAGCAACCCUGGCAUCUUAUCUGACAAGAAAACUAAGCAGUAUUAUGCUGCUGGUGUACCUGGAUCCUUUUAUGCUCGUCUCUUUCCCAGAGGAAAGCUUCAUGUCGCCGUUAGCUUGAGUGCCUUACACUGGCUUUCUCAGAUCCCAGAUGCUGUUUUGGAUAAGAGAUCAGCAGCCUGGAACAAAGGAAGAGUGUGGAUUGAUGGAGCAAAGAAGGAAGUAGUGGAAGCAUAUGCGAAGCAAUCUGAGAAAGACUUGGAGGACUUUUUGAGUUGCAGGAAAGAAGAAAUAGUUCAGGGAGGAAUGCUGUUUUUGCUGAUGGGAGGGAGGCCUGCGUCGCAGCAGCCCAAGAACCAGUUAGGUGAUCCAGACUCAAGAGCCAAGCAUCCUUUCACCACUUCCUUGGAUCAAGCUUGGCAGGACCUAAUAAACGAGGGCUUGGUCGAUGAGGAGACGAGAGACGGAUUCAACAUUCCGGCAUACAUGAGAAGCACGGAGGAGGUGGAGAGGGCAAUAAAAAGAUGCGGUGGGUUUGAGAUAGAAAGAAUGGAAUAUAGGAGUAUGGAGGAGCAUUCACAGGAGAAGCAAAAGCAAUGGAUGAGGGAUCCCAUUUCCUAUGGUAGAGCCAAAGCCAACUUAGUACGUGCCACCCUCGGACCCUUUGCUGAGGCCCACCUGGGUCCCUAUCUUUCUCACCAACUCUUCAUUCGCUUCCAAAAUCGGGUCUCCUCUGAUAUUGCUCUUCUCCAUAAAACCUGUUUCUAUGGUGUUGUUGUUGUGUGUGCUAUCCGAACGUGACACAAAUUAUGAAAACCUUCAUCCGAGUGAUUGAGAGCUAUUCGCAUUUGCUUAUAAUUCAGGACAAUAGAUUGUAGGAUUAUGUUUCAACUUGAAAAGUUUAUUCGAAUAUUUACUUUGUAAUACAAGAAUUAAGAAUUUAUCGAA